AUGGCUACUUUUUCAGUUGAUGAUGAAAUCUCACUACAGACAAUGGUUAGACAACUUCUGCAGAGCGUGAAAGAAAAACUGGCCACUGCACCGUCUGCUGAAUGUGCUGAGGAGAUCUUGCUACACCUUGAGGAGACAGAUGAGCAUUUUCACAACUAUGAACUGGUAAAGUACCUGAGACAUUACAUCAAGAGCUCUCUAGGAUCUGUAAUAGAAGAUGAGACUGAGAGGUGCACCUUUGCACAGAGUCAAGGAGAGGGAUCUGGCUAUGACACGCUCGUACAACGUGUUACCAAGCGGACACGUGAAUCCAAGGAAUACACAGAGAUGAUGCUUUCACUUAAAAAUGUUAUGAUGGCUGUUGUAGAGACAUUACUCAAUAAAUUUGAAGAGGACCAAGCCAAAAAUCGAGAAAUGCAGAAAAAGGCACUACAUGAACAGUCAGCUGUAGAUACACUGAUAAUUGUUCCGACAGUGAUUCAUCUUUCAAUCAGAGUUAUACAUUUAUGAACCAGGAACAACUGCAGCUUAUUGCUGAACAGUUAGAUCCAAGUCAGCCUGAGGAGGUGCGGAAAGAAGCAAUGCAAACCUUAUGUUCUGCUCCUCCUUCUGAUGUUCUGAACUGUGAAUCCUGGAGUGUCCUGCAUAAAAACCUCACCUUGUCACUGGCGGACCCUGACUCCACAUUUACUGUAAAUGCAUCUAUUAUUAUUUUUUGCAUUCCACAAAAGUAUUCCCUUUAUUUGUCAGCAUAA